GGAGCCCCUUCCAGCAGCCUGUCCCUUCAACAUGGAACCGAAGCAGAUCAGGAAGGGCUACCUUGUGAAGAGGGGGAGUAUAUUCAAUACCUGGAAACCCAUGUGGGUUGUAUUAUUAGAAGAUGGGAUUGAAUUCUACAAGUGGAAACACGAGGCCAUGCCCUCAGGAAUGAUUCCCUUGCAAGGAAGCAGUGUGACCAGCCCUUGUCACGACUUUGGCAAAAGGAUGUUUGUAUUCAGGAUCACUACCAGCAAGAAUCAGCAUGUCUACUUCCAGGCAGCUUUCCUGGAGGAGAGAGAUGCCUGGGUUCGAGAUAUCAAGAAAGCCAUUAAGUGUAUUGAAGGAGGCCAGAAGUUUGCAAGGAAAUCCACCAGGAGGUCUAUUCGGCUGCCAGAAACCAUCGACUUGGGUGCCCUGUAUUUGUCCAUGAAAGACGUGGAGAAAGGAGUGAAAGAACUGAAUCUAGAGAAAGAUAAGAAGAUUUUUAAUCACUGCUUCACAGGUAGCUGUGUCAUCGACUGGCUGGUAUCCAACCGGUCUGUUCGGAAUCGCCAGGAAGGCCUCAUGAUCGCCUCCUCACUGCUCAGUGAAGGCUACCUGCAGCCUGCGGGAGACCUGUCCAAGAAUGCAGCCGACGGAACUGCUGAAAACCCCUUUCUGGACAACCCCGAUGCCUUCUACUACUUUCCAGACAGUGGGUUCUUCUGUGAAGAGAAUUCCAGUGACGAUGAUGUGAUUCUGAAAGAAGAAUUCAGAGGGGUCAUUAUCAAGCAGGGAUGUUUACUGAAGCAGGGGCAUAGGAGGAAAAACUGGAAAGUGAGGAAGUUUGUUCUGAGAGAAGACCCUGCCUACCUGCACUACUACGACCCUGCUGGGGGAGAAGACCCUCUGGGAGCGAUUCACUUGAGAGGCUGUGUGGUGACUUCAGUGGAGAGCAGCCCACAUGGCAAGAAGGGUGACACAGAGAACCUCUUCGAGAUCAUCACUGCUGAUGAGGUGCAUUAUUUCCUGCAAGCCGCCGCCCCCGAGGAGCGCACAGAGUGGAUCAAAGCCAUCCAGGCAGCCUCCCGCACUGGGAAGUGAGCGCAGCUGCAGCUCCGCAUCCCUCCUGAGGAAGCUUCUCCAGGACCUGCCUGUCCCGUGACAGACGACCAGGAGAGGGCCCGGGGUGGGACGUUUCCAGGUGCACGGGGUUCUGAGUGUUCUCUCACCAUGUGCUGCACAAUAUUCACUGCACCUCCCCGCUCACUGCAGCCCCUCAGCACCUCUCCACGUCCCCUGAGCAGAUAGUACAAGCUGUGUGGCAUGGCGAGGCUAGUCCACCUCUCCAGACCUCCAGGCCUCUGCUGGGAAAUGGAGGAGCUGAACAAGGACCUUGCUGAGCCCCUCCCCUGCUUGAAAUGAAGCCCUGAGAUUGUAAUACCCAUGGACCCGAGGGUGCCUCCGGCCAUCCUGCUGGUGUUGUUCUUCGGCUAGUCUUGGCCUUCAGCUGCUUCCGGACGUGCCAGACCUGAGACAACCCUUCCCUUUGAAAUUUUUGCCAAACUGAACUCUCAGUGCUAGGUAUGCACCCCUGUAGUGGCCUUCAGCUUGCUCUUGGCUAUGAAAUUGUGUAACAAAAUGAAGGAGCUCUCUUUGUCCUUCCUUACCCACUGCAAGCAAUGGUGGCUUUUAGGGUGAAGCUUUCUAUUCCUUUUCACAGUCUGGGAAGUGAAGUCUUUUGGGAAAGGGAUCUGAGGAAGUCAUGGGUAGCCGAGGGUCCUCUCCAUGUCCUGAGGCUCCCAGAGCAGGCUCAUCCUGCUGCCACGGAGGCUGAUCUCAACGGCAGGGCGGGGGGCUCCCUUUGUGCCUCUUGGGAACAAUUUAUUAUCAUUAGGGGAAGGGACACAGCUCUAUGUGAUUCUGCUUCAUUUAAAGUUUACAGAAAAAGAAGUCAUCAGCUGGGGCUUCCUCCAUGGGUGAGGGGCCUGGGCAGCAGCCUGGCUAGCGUGUCCCCCCACAGCCGCAGAGGGUGGAAUUCAUAGGAUGACGGGCUUCUACAAAGCCAGUGCUGAAGGGGUGCAGAUCUACAGAGAGCUCCUUGAGGUGGCCAUCAGCACUGUGCAGUACCUUCAGUGCUCCUGUUGAUGAUAUGGUUGUUGGGCCUGGCUUUUAAGCCCAGCAGCAUCAGCUGCUGCUUGGGCUCUGAACAAUGCCUUGACCACAUCAGUAACCAGAGUAAUAUGAUUCUGAUUCAAAUUGGGGAUUUGUUGACAGUUUCUCACCCUGAUACUCACUAGUGAUUCUUCUCCAAAAUUGAGGAUUGUGUGUGUGUGUGUGUGUAUAGGUAUAUUCUGUACCUCCAGAUAUUUAAUUUUAAGGUCCCAGUAAGGAAAGAAGAGUAGAAAAUCCUUCCUGAUUUUGUCAACUCCUCUCGUGCCCUCCCCCAAUUUCCCUUAACAGUCAUGAGGCUAUUCCCACGCCUCGGCUGUUUCAGGGACCCCACUGUAAAGAACACUCUUUUUCUCCGGUUCUUAGCAGAGUGUCUUCACGGAAGAGGCACAGCAGUGUUAAUGAUAUUUAUUAAUAUGCACUGAACCUUAUGUUUUGAAAUAAAUGUGACUAGGUUUAGAG